UUAAUUUAUUUAUAAAGUUUUGUUUUAGCUGCUGUGGCCAGCAGUGUUUGGGAUGUGUUUCAACAGGGUUCCUGUUAUUUAUUUUAACACUCUUAUUGCACUUGCCACUCACCUUAAAAGUUACAGCUCUACAUGGGAAGGAGAAAUGAACACAUCAGCAGAAGUUUGGGGUUUUAUACAAUUCUUACCUCUCUUUUGGAUCUGUCUUCAAUUGAGCAGAUUAACUAGGAAAUGAACUUUAAAUUCUUCCUACAAGAUGUUCCACAGUUAGUUGUUUUCUUUGCAGUGGCUCUCAUAGCAUGCUGAUGCCUAUUGUGCAAGACAAAAGUUCCUGGUACUACUUCUAUCACCAUGAAAAUUCUUUAUAAAUCACAUUUCCUCUCCAUGUUCUCCUUUAUCUCAGGUUGCUUAAGACACCACACCAAGACUUAUGGUCUAUAUAUUAUAAAAAUACAUAUUUCCCAGUAUGAUAAGUCAGACUGAUGGUAGCAGGAACACUAGGAAAUUUGCCUUUUAAAAUUAAUGUUUGUGCAGAGGGAGAACUUGAUCGACAUCAAGAAAUGUCAGACAUGAUGCCUGUCACGUUAGAAAAUAUGCAAGGUUUGCUCAAGAAUGUGUGUACUGGAAAAAUAGCCAGCCCUGUGGGAUCAGGCAUUGGCUCCAGCAGGUCUUCAAUAUGUGGAACAGUUGCAAGUGGACCUGAAUCUCUUCUCAUUAGUGAAGCCUGGGAGAUCAGGAAGGGCUGCAUCACCCAGGCUCAUUAUCCCAGGGCACAAGAGGUUACACAGCCUCACAGAAUACUUGUGCACUCCGCUUCCUCCACUGCUCCUGAGCUCCAGAGGCCAUUUUGCUCAUGGAGCCUGCUCACUCUGGGAUUCUUGUGGCUGGUGGACACUUGCUUUGUGUUGGACAAGGCUGUAUUCAACUUGGCCAAGCACAAAGCUGUCUUCCAAAUCCUCUGUCCCUGCCUGUUGCGUAUUGCCAGUUUCAGCCGGGUUUGCUUGCCUGGGUUGGAUUCCCUAAUGCAGGAGGAUGUGGGAUGAGAUGUAAGUCAGAUGUAGCUGACUUACAGACAUACCAUACAGAAGAGAGAUUUUCUUGUACUGAAGGGACAGACAGACUUUAGAUGACGACUCACAGUCACCACAUUGAGUUUCUCCAGCUGAGUAGGUCUUGCUGGUGUUUUCCAGAACUCUGGCAUUUCUCCCUAUAGCCAAGCAAGCAGACUGCCCUCUCUGAGGAUGUGGCUACUGACAGUGUCAGGGUGUCCACCUACCUCAUGUGCUGUAGGUACAGUGGGAUGGGGCCCUCCCUGUCCCUUUUACACAGCUCAUUACUCCUUCAAGCAGUAGAUGCUGCUCACAAACUGAAACCAAAGGACAAGAAAAGCAUCAUUGUAAGGACUGGCAGCACCAUACCUGGAAAAUACUAGUAUUACAGAGGUUCUGUCUGGUUACAGUCAGUGCUUCACUCCCGCUUCUCUCAAGGUUUUCUUACUUUUUCCACUCCAGUAAUUCAAACAUCACCUUUUCUGUGAGCCACCUAAGUCCUUCUUCCUUCCCCUCUUUUUCUUCAAUCUUCUUCCUUCUCUGGGUGUCUGCCAGACAGCCCCAGGCUAGGGAGCAAUCUCCACAAGUUCUGGGUGAGAUGAUGGAAGCAAGUGAUUUCUUCAAUUCUAUAAGCAGAAUUUCCCUUUUGUGAAUGUGCUAUCUCCCUGAAGUCCUACUUCAAAGAAACUUCCCUCUUAAAGAGGCUCUUCUGGUGCCACACCUUGUGCCCCAAUUAGCAUCCAACCAGUUCCUGCAGUUUUUGACCCCUCUUCUCUUGUUCUCAUUUCCCAUGCUCCUGCUUCAGGAGGUCAUGGUGAAAAAGAAGAAACCAAUCAAGUUGUCCCUGCAUAAACCUGGCUUGUGACGUUUUGAAACUGCUCCAACAACAGACGGUAUGGCCAGGGGAGCACAGAGUGGCAGGGCUGUGCUCAGCUGUGAGUGCCUGGCAAGGACAAAAUCCUUCAGGAGGAGCAGGUGCGCUGCCUAAAAUUGCAGUCGUACGUGCAGGGACUUUGUGCAGCUGUCAGAAACUCAGCCUUGUCUCUGAGCAAGUAUUGCUGCUGUACAAACAGCUAAGGAAUACGUUUAUCACUCUGAAAUUGUCUUUCUUUGCAGGAUAGUGAAGUAAUUCUACAAAAUCCCCCUGGCUCAAAGCAGCACCCACACUGAUACUUGCCCCUUAUCUGCCACUGUGUCAGUCACCUGAGGACAGCCCCCAAGCCUCCUCUCUCUCCCUUCCACCAAUGUGGCUGUCCUCUUCCAGGCACUUCAGCUGCAAGCUGUUCCUAGGAAAUUCUCCAGUUGACAAAAUCGUGUGCAGGUCCCACAGAUGUUGGCCAAAAUCCUGUUGGGCAAUCAUCUUCCUCAUUUCAUAUGCUGCAAGUAAAAGGGUGGCUGUUUCAUGGCCCACAAAACACAGGGGUUUUUCCACAGUGGCUUCUAGACAAAGUCAUGUGUACCCUGUGGCCUAAAAGGGACUCUGGCACAAAGCAGAAAGCACAUCAAUCUCACUGCACAGAUGGGCUCUAAGUGUCUGCCUCUUGGGCAGCUUGUGAUGCACUUUAAUAAAAGAAGAAAGGAACACACGUGAAGAGUAAGCAGUGGAAAAUAAUGAAAAAUGAAAGCAGUGCAGUGUGACCUGCAGAUACCUAAGCCUAUGACAGAAAGCACAGGUCUUGCUUUGAAUCCAAACUGAGGGGAAGAGUGGCUCUGGAUAUUGCGGGCCCCUCUGUGGCUCUUCCAUUAUGUGCAGGAGGUAAUAGCAAGCAGGACCUAAUCCCAGCCCUUAGUGCACUAUCUGGUGACAGUAUGUCCUGACUGAUGUCCGGUAGCUUGCUGAGCAAGAGAUGCAUUUCAGCUUCACCUUCUCUCUUUUCUAGGCAGACUUCUCCCUUUAACCUAAGAGAGAGGCUAUUAGUCCUCAUUUAUACAUGUUACUGCAUAUUUGUAUAACCCUGGCUUUACAUUCUGUGCCAUAGAGAGUAGAAAUACAGAACAGAAACACAGAACAGUUUGACUGGGGACUUGGCACUAAUAAAUAUGUAAAGGCGUGUAGAGAACAGAUACCUGCUGUAAAGUGAAUCAAAUGAAGUUUUGUCCGUGUCAUUUAGAACACCUAAGGCAGACUGUGCUCACUGUAACCCAGAAGUCCACUCACAGGAGAGGAUGAUGGGGUGCUAAAGCCUGAGCCACUUUGAUACUUGGUGUUUGUUAGGUCACUGUACUGAGUUCUCCCUCCGGGGGUUUGAUACAGAACUGAACCAGUGACUUUUCUUCUGCCUGUUUGUAUGUUUUGGCUGCUACUGCCCUUCCAUGAAUCUGCAGUCUGCUAGCUUUAUCUGUUUGUGACAUUCCAGGACUGUUUUCAGAUUUUUGAACCCAGGAAAAAGGAAAACUGAAAUGUGACAGAGUCACUGUGUAGAGAUGGAAGGGACUAGGGGGUCCUCACUUCUUAAGAGGAAAACAUAUAUAGUGGAAUUUCUUGCAAUGAAAAGCUUCCUAUAACCAUUGCAGCAGAAAGUCGACCUUUUAAAAGGAAGCUUAAACAAUUCUGCCAAAAACAUCACAACAAAGUUUUCCAAGUUUCCAAAAUAUGACGGAAAAUAUCCUUCGGGGUCAACAAGUUGAACUGCAAGCCCUUCCCAGGGCUGUGACCAGAAACACAGAAAGAUGGGACCAUUCCAAGAGAGGCUGCUGGGAUCCGAAGCAGCACGGGAAGACGCCCCAGGCGAGCUGCUGUGGCUUGGGGCGCGGCACUGUCGCGGAGAGGGUGGCAGCUGCUCGGCAGCGCUGCCAUGGCCCAGGCACAGCUCAGCUCCUGGCUGCUCCUGUGCUUGUUCGCUGCAUCCCAGAGGCUGACAGAUGAACACCCUCACAGCGGCACCAACAGAGCCCGUCGGGGCCCAGAGGACGCUGGCAUCAUGUUAGAGAUGCUCUGGGGAAGGCUGGAUAUUCAGGCCAACGGGACAAUCCGCCUGCGGGAUGAAGAGCUGGCCUCCCUACGCCCGGCACGGCGCUUCCUGCAGAUUUUAGAGGAGGAAGUUCCCAAAACACCGGCAGAGAUUGAGCAGCAUCUGAGAUAUUAUUCACUGACCGAUACUCCCUUGCCUCCGACGGAGUUUGACCGUCUCCUUUUCACCAGUGUUUACAGUGCCUAUCAGGUUCGCUCCGUGCAGGGUCUGGAUAAAAACCCCUGGAUUGGCUUUUUCUCUCAGCUGGUUGAUGAAAUCUUUCGUGACCUGUGCAAGGGGCUCUGCCCUGCAAAUUCCACUCUCCUCCAGGCGUCCUGGCCUUGGAAGGACAAACCUUCACAUUUAGCAUCCCUGAAACAUUUCUAUCGCUCUAACCUGGCCAGGACCAAGAGAGACACUUAAUGAGGGAACCCUCCAUAGGAAAGGGCACACCUGGCUUCAGCUGCCUCCUUGGUUAUUUUCAAUGCUUUCCACAGUGUGCAGGACUUUGAAUAAAUAUGCCACACCUUUUUGUCCUGCUUUCUACACAGUGCUGGCCACCCUCUCAGGAUUUAUGCACAAGCUUUUAUUUUUAAAUGAAAAAAAGGACAAAACUGUAAAGAGCAUUUCUCCCUUUUCUGAUUUUUUGCUAAGUGGGCUGUGCUGAAGGGGCAGUGCUAUUUAGAUGUCUUAUCUAUCUUGAUCACUUAGGAGAGAUGGCAUGGAAGUAUUUUUCCAGGAUAUUAUGCUGGAUCAGCAUUAUCUUCAUUUCAGAUAAUUCAGUUCUCUCUCCUUAUAUUCUCCCUGUGGUUUCAGACAAAUAAAAGAUCUUCUCUCCAGCAGCAACUAAGCAGGUUUUGUUGUGCUUCAUUAUAUAGGUCACAUAUUUAAUUUCAUUUUUCUCUUUAUGUGCCAUCAUAUUUUAUGUGUCAACAGCAAUUUCCCAUCUCAUGUAUUCAUUUUUCUUCAAAAAACAACCUGAAAUUGUAUGUAUUCCAUGAAGCUUUCUAGUAUUUGCAUAUCAUAUUUACACAUACACACAGCUUUGUUUCAGUUAUCAUUUUGGAAUAUACUUCCUGAAAUCUCAUUAAAAUUCUGAAGGAUCCUGACCUAGUUAUUUCUUCAGCAGAUUUUGCCUCUCUUCUAUAAAGUUUUUUUUUUUUUACAGCCAUGGCAUUUUUCAAGCCAAACAUAAUAAAUGCAUAGUCUCUAUCCUCAAAAUCAGAAAUGUAAUUAUUUUACAGAAAGACAUCAUUAACAUUUGUCUGUCUUAAACACUGUGUUGUGGAAUUAAAUAAAUGUAAUUAUCUCCUCAGGA